GUUUGGAAGAGGCCGCACCGCCCAAUAGCUCGUGAGCCAUUUUGUGCCUGUCGACCAGAAGGAGAGCGUCUGCAGACUGGAGGCGCGGAGAAGCCAGCAGCCCGUGCCCGGUUUUACAGCGCCGGAGGACGCCAUCAUCCAGCCGUGUGCCCGGGACUGAGGUUUAUUAGCAUCAAGUUUUCUAAGAUUCCAGAUACCCGUAACUCUUCUAUAAUCUAAGAACUGUGACUCUGCGACUGCAGGACGAGGUGAGCUGCUUGGGAGAUGUCUGAUGGAGACGGUGAGGUGCCGAAGAGGGACGGAGCAGCAAUGCAUCGUGACUCCUGUCCCCUGGACUGCAAAGUCUAUGUUGGCAAUCUUGGUAACAAUGGUAACAAGACAGAAUUGGAACGCGCUUUUGGCUACUAUGGACCUUUACGUAGUGUGUGGGUGGCCAGGAAUCCCCCUGGCUUCGCAUUCGUAGAGUUUGAAGAUCCCAGAGAUGCUGCAGAUGCGGUCAGAGAAUUAGAUGGACGAACUUUAUGUGGCUGUCGUGUUAGAGUAGAAUUGUCAAAUGGUGAGAAGAGGAGUAGGAAUCGUGGACCUCCGCCCUCAUGGAAUAGACGGCCUAGGGAUGAUUACCGUAGGAGAAGCCCUCCUCCAAGGCGCAGAUCGCCAAGACGGAGGAGCUUUUCGCGUAGCCGUAGUAGGUCCCUCUCUAGAGAGCGUCGGAGGGAGAGGUCUUUGUCCCGAGAUAGAAAUCAUAAGCCAUCACGGUCCUUUUCUAGAUCAAGAAGCCGUUCCAGGUCAAAUGAGAGAAAAUAAUAUGAAUGCCUUCAACACUGUACAGAUGACAUUGGAGAUAAUGUUUUCUUUGUUUUUGACAUGCUUUUUAAACUUUUUUUUAUUAGGUGUUCUUGUAUUGUGUCUUGUAGCAAGUGAAGAAACACGUGGUUCUGUUAGUUUCGUACAGAUGAACUGGCAAAUAAAAUUGUUAACUUUA